UGUCACUUUAGAUACAAAGUGAUCUAGUCCAUGAAUAGAAAAUUGUUGUUAUGAAUUAUGUAGUUUUAUACAGUAAUAUAGACAACCACUUUCUAUGAAUUUUCUUAAUUCAAUCUGAAAUUCUACAGUACAGAUCUGUACUCUAAUGAUGUUUAACUCAACUCUCUUGUUUUCAGCUUGUGUAACAUUUCCAUGAUUUUCAUCUCUUGUCAUGCUGGUGAAUGUGGUCGUGCACAUGAUGCUGAGGUUUAUGCCCGCUCUACAUUAGCUCGAAAAAUAGCCAGAGAGGCUGAAAUAAUGUUUCUGUAUGACUCCCAUAUUGUCGGAGAUGGUGCUUAUCCCAUAAAUAAGCAAUUAAUGAAACCAUAUCCUGACAAUGGGCAUUUGACAGCUGCCCAAGUCCGGUACAAUAGCAAGUUAUCAUCAGACAGAAGCGUUAUUGAACGGUCAUUUGCUCACCUGAAAGGAAGAUGGAGAAGACUACAUUAUUUAGAUAUGUCAAAAAUGGAGUCGAUACUAUCAGUUGUAAUGGCUUGUUGUGUCUUACAUAAUAUCUGUAUUACGAGAGGGGACAUCCUACAAGAAAAUACUGAAUUGGAAAAAGAUCCAGGCAAUCAUAACCUUGGAGUAUAUCAGAGAUCAUGUGUUAUUGAGCAAAAGCAAGUUGGAAAUACAAAGCGUGACAGAAUUGCUCAAAACUUAUAAACAAAGACAUUUAGUAGUAAGCAAAAUAUUCCACUAAUGCUAUUUAUUAAUUAUGUACCUUAAGAUGAAAGGAGUAACUAAUUGAUUAUAUUCUGGUGUUGGAUAAAGUGGAGUUAUAAACUACUGUAUUUAUUUAUGGUUAAUUACAAACAUUUUGGAUACAGUUUAUGGAAAUCAAACUACUUUUAUUAAUAUCUUUUAAUUUUGUAAUAUUUCCUAUUUUUUCAAUGAACUGUUUAAAUAAAUUAUUAAAUUCAUCCAUCCUUUGCAGGCGUUCCUCAUGCCGCUGCCGUUUUGCAUUCUCACGUUCAACAUCUGUUAGUAGUUUUCUUUUUGGACAUUGGACUGGUGAUGGUGAUGCAGGAACUUCAGGCAGUGAAGAUGUAGAUGUAGAUGCACUUUCACUGCUAAGAGUGAAAGGUUAUGCCACAUCAGGACGUUCACCAAGCCACUCGUCCAUAUUAUUGUAGUAACACCAUGUCCUCCUGAAAAAAAAGACCACAAUAUAUUUAGUAUUGAGAAAUAUAAGUGAAAUUUCAAUAAAAAAAA